GCGAUGGGCUUUUGAUCUCCGAAGCCAGUAGAUCCGCCAAGGGAGGUCGCCUAACCCUCUGUACCUGGUGGAAGUGUGUCCUCACGCUCUCCGACACCCCACCCCCGGCCGACCCCCGGCCCGAGGAGAACUGAGGUAGGCGACAAGCGAGGGAAUGCAGGCCAGCCCUCGCGUGGGCUGCAGAACACCCCGAGACUUUCAAACUGGAUUUUUAAAUCAUUCUAAAUCAGUGAUGGAUCAGAAGUUGCAGAAUGCAAUCCCGAAUAAAAGUCUUCAAAACAAUUGCUUUAAAUAACAGAGAAAAGGAAAUUGAUCUACCACCUUAAAACCCUGAUCUAGAAAAACAUAUUGCAUAUGGUAGGAAGUUAUAACUGGAGAAAUUUGUUUGGCUCUUAAUUCACCUGAAUGAAAGGAACUAUCACUUUGUUUCUCAGAGGAAUUGUAUAUCUGAGAUUAUUUUGAUAACCCGUCAUUUUAUUAAAAUCUUGACAUGAUCACCAGGGAGGAGAAACAGAGCAGUAGCUAAAACCUGUGUGUUGGUCAAGAUGACUUCUGAAGAAAUGACAGCUUCUGUUCUCAUUCCUGUGACUCAGAGAAAAGUGGUAUCUUCUCAGUCAGUUAUAGAUGAAAAUAGUGAAAAGAUCUCAGACAUCAGUGUUCCAAAGGUACAUACUACCAGGCAGAGUGGGCAGACUUCACAUACCAUCUCAAAACCAAACAAAGAAGAACCUUCUGGAAGCAACUUGCCCAAGAUUCUCUCAAUAGCAAGGGAAAAAAUAAUGAGUGAUGAGAACAGUAAUGAACAGUUCUGGGAGAAAAGCACACCAGAUUCUGUGGAAAACCUUAACAUUAACUGCAACAACAGAUUGGAAAACCAUCAGCGUGGCCUUCCACAGAGCCAGUUUUAUGAAACAUGCAAUUCUGUCACAGAGGAAGGCCUGUGUUUGGAAACUGGAAUCCCUUCUUCAGUGGAAAGAAAGGUGUUCCCUGGAAUUCAACUGGAAAUAGACAGACCUCCUAUGAGCAUUAGUCCCUUAGGAAAUCAAUCGGCGAUCCUAGAGUCGGGCACGGCACACCCCAACAGCAACAUGGCGGUAUUUCAUUUUCAUUAUGAACUUGAUAGAACAAUGUCAGACACUUUCUGUACCCUGUCAGAUAACUUGAUUUUGGAUGAUUGUGGAAACUGUGUAUCGCUGCCUGGUGUUAGUGGGGAGCAAAAGAAGAAUUAUAUGGCAUAUACUUGUAAGCUGAUGGAAUUGGCGAAAAACUGUGAUAAUGAGACUAGCCAGCUGCAGUGUGAUCACUGUGACACCUUGAAUGAAAAAUAUUUGUGCUGUGACGGUUCCUGCCAAAAGGCCAACAUGGCAUGCUCAAGUGACAGCUUUUGCAGAGAAGAUUUUACUGAUAGUCCAUCUGCCAAGACCUUUCUGAGCCAUUUUGGGGACUUCCCUGAUAAUUGUGAAGAUGUAGAAGAUUUUUUAAAAAGUAAAAAGGAGCGGUCCACUUUGUUAGUGAGGAGAUUUUGUAAAAAUGACCAGGAGGUUAAGAAAUCCGUGUAUACAGGGACAAGAGCCAUUGUGAGAACUCUGCCUUCUGGUCACAUUGGGCUGGAAGCUUGCAGUUAUAUUGAUCAGAAGAGAAGUGGUCUCUUACUGCCUUGUGGGAGAGUAACAGGACGGCUGUCAACUGUGGUGAUUUGUCAAGAUGGGAGCCGGUGUCUAUCAGAAGCCCAGUGGUAUCCAGUAAGAGUUAAAAUUUGUUUUGAUCAUUUCUUUAAGCUUGAUCUUUUAAAAUCUAAAGUUUCAUUGCACUCAUUCAUAGAAAAUUUUAAGCUCUGUCAAAUUAUGAUUCAUAGGGGAAACAUUUGAAGUUGUUGGAAAAUAGUAGACCUAACAGAUUGCUAUCCAAUUGAUAGCUAUCAAGAUUGAGUUAAGUUUGCAAUAAUGUAAGUGACAAAAUACAUGUAUAUAUGUGAGGAGUAGAGAAAUUACAGAAAUUCCCUGGCACUGUGUAUGGAAUUACAAGACAGAAACUCCUGGUCAUGGGAAAACUCCAUCAAUUGAUGACCUGUUGUGUCCUUUGCGGAUACAGGCCUAUGGCUUCUUUUACUAUGUUUUUAGGUUGCAAAGUCUAAAGUAACUGACAAUCUGGUUUCUUCAACAUUUUCCAAUCAAUGUUUUCAGUUUCUCCCCUCUUAACCUUUUUUGGGCCAUGGACCCCCUUUGGCAAUUUGGUGAGGGCUGUAGACUCAGAAGAAUGCUUUUGAAAUGCAUCAAAUAAAAUACAAAGCAUUGUAAAGGAUACAGAUUACAUGGAUAUACAUUUAAUAAUAUAUUUUUUGAAAUUGUGACAUAGCAGGCUCAGUACUUCUUUAUUAACACGUUGAACAGUGGCACUUAGUGAUAAGCUAAUUAUCAUCUAAGUAUUGAUGAACGUACUUAGGGAAUGAUUUGUCUGAGACUUUCCCAGUUUUAGCACCACAAGUCCUGCAUCCUGGGAAACCCCUCAGUCCUUGGCAAACCAGGGCAGUUGGUCACACUAAAUACAAAUACUAUUUUAGGUUCUCUACCAUGACUGUAAGAGAUGGAAAUAUCUGAUUUCUAUUGGCGACAAGA